AUGUGGAUCAUGUCGUCUACCAGCAACCCCUUCAACCCCGUGGACGAGACCGUGCUGCCGGCGCCGGCGCUCGCGGCGCUGAGGGCGGAGGCCACCGCCGAGAUCGCGCGCGGCGCGGCGGAGCGGUUUGAGGAGGGGCGGGGGUACAAGGAGCCCGAGGCCCUCCUCUGUGCCCUGCUGGCUCUUCCCGACCUCGACGCCGCCCUAGACCCCGCAGCCCCCGCCCCUGACGCUGAUGCGAUCGACAAGGCAGCACGCCUGUCCCGCGCCGUCGCGGCCGCCAUGGACGCUGCAUACGGGCCAGAGCCCAUCGCAGCCGCAGCCGCGACAGGCAUCCCGGAAUCCGAUGCGACGUUCACAGUCGCUGACGAGCUGCUGGCCAAGCAUGAUGUUGACGCCAGCGCCGGCGCCGAGGCUCGUGCUGCGGCGUCGAGCCCCGCAGGCGGGGCUGUCGGCGGCGAUCGCGCCUUCGAGACGGCCGCGGCGCACACCUUUCUGCAGCGGGUGCUUUACAGGAUCAACCGCCUGUCGCACUUCUGGUAUGACGACCUGGAGUCGUACUCUAACGAGCGCAGCCUCUUCCUGCAGGCGCUGCGCAACACGAUAGAGCGCCGCUGGCAGCGCUGGGAGACGGCGCAGCUGCCGGCCGGCGUCGCGGCGCGCUGCGCAGAGGCGGGCCUGGACGAAGUUCAGCAGGCGCUGAAGGAGGGUUACGCUCGUGACGUCGACCCCCCGCACUCCCCCGCCCUGACCUUCAUCCGUGAUGAGAUGGGCCCCCUGGGCUACGCCCAUCUGCUGGCCAUCGGCUCGGUGGACGGCCUGGUGGAGGCCAGCAGGCAGUCGCGGGUGUGCGCCGGCACCGCCAACAGCAUCCAGUGCGCCGUGUUCCGCGUGCUGUCUGAGGAGUAUGGCGGCGGCCGCUACGCACGCAAGCACUCGACCUUCUACAGCGCCAUGAUGCAGGAGGCCGGGCUUGACACGCGGGAGGAGGCGUACCUUGAUUUAGUGCCAUGGCAGGCGCUGGCCAACGCCAACAGCAACUUUUUGCUGACAGAGCGGCGCCGCCACUACCUGCGCUACCUGGGGGCACUCACCUUUUUUGAGAUCAACGGCCCAUCAGUGUACAAGGCGUACCUUUCUGCGGGGCGCCGCUGCGGGCUGUCUGAGCGGGCGUGUGGCUACUGGGAGCUGCACAUCAAGGAGGACGAGCGCCACGGGCGGCAGAUGCUGGACGAGGUGGCGCUGCCCCUGGCCGCAAUGUACCCCGACAAUGCUGGGGAGGUGCUGCUGGGCUAUGAGCAGGAGGCUUUCCUGGGCGCACGUGCAGGCGCCGCGGUCACCGAGGCGAUCCGCGCCGCCGAGGCGGCGGCAGAGCGGGCUGCCAGCGCUGGCCAGGUGUGA